GUACGCACUUAGAAAUAACGUUAGAUAGGGCUUGUACUGUAUAUACGCACAGUGCCGCAACUUAUGCCAUCAUUGGAAUUUAAUACAAGUGGCAGUGGCUCUGGCUUUCGCUUUCAGGAUUCUUUGUAUGUGAAGAUUGGCUUAGAUUCAUCCAUUCACUCACCAAACCAAAGCCCCGCAAUAGCAGAAGAGACGGUGAGAGGGAUUCGAUUUCACUGAAUUUAUUACUGUUCUGGCCCAAUAAUCUGUAAACCGACACGCGUCUAAUUUCUUUUAGAUUCCAAUGAUGUGAAUUCAAUUCAGUUCACUUGAUUUCGAAGUCUUUCUGUGUAACUCUGUUGUGUUGCAUCCACGGAAGAUCAAAUUGAAUCUUUUUCUCCUCUCUCCACCUCUAACCUCUCCCUCUCUAACUGAGGUGAGAGAGAUAAAACAGGCUGCUAAUCCAUAUUACGCGGGCAUCUGAAAUGGAAGAGGGAGGGUCCUGGUUUGCGGACGCGGUGAAGCUUCUGGAAAUUUAGAAUCCCCUCUCCUUAUUUAUCAAAUCUUGUUGCUGUUGGAGGCCAUCUCUUUUUCUCAUCUCCUACAUGUAGCACCAACUAUUUUUGUUGAUUAGUUGAGGAGUGGGAAAAUUUUAAGGAAGACGCAGAAGCUGGCACAAUGGGUUCUGUUUGUGGUUGUUUAAGUGUUGAGAAUCUUGAAGAUUAUGUAAAUCCAAAUAGCUCUGUAUAUAGAAAUUGCAUGUGCUUCAGUUGCUUCAUACAUAACUUUUUGAAUGUGUAUAAUACAAUAUUUCGUAGGCGUGAAGUGCAUUCCAUUUCUUCAUCCGUCCAGGGGGCAGCAUCUAUGACUUCUACGGCAUCCCUGGAUAGUUCAUUAUCAGGGAUGUACCGUGCUCCUCCCCGGCCUUUGCCAUAUGAUGCAGACUCUAGGUAUUUUCUCUCACAACGUGAUGGACUAGUUUCAAGACGUGAGAAGGGUUCAAGUCAUUCAAAUGAGGAAUCACAACCUCUAAGAAGUGAUCUAGAUGUGGAUUCAGACUCAUUGAGUAUGGGAGACAAAUGGAAUGAAUGUGCCUGUGAAAAUGGAUCAAAGGAAUACCUUUCUAAGUCCUCACUAAGACUUUCAUCAGCAAAAUAUACACCUGGAGCUGCGGCGGUCUAUGCACCAUUAGAAGAUGAAGAUGUUUGUCCAACAUGUCUUGAAGAAUAUACCCAAGAGAAUCCAAAGAUAAUGACAAAAUGCUCUCACCAUUUUCAUCUUGGUUGCAUCUAUGAGUGGAUGGAGAGAAGUGAAAACUGUCCAGUGUGUGGGAAGGAGAUGGAAUUUGAUGAAACGCCAUAAUCCUUUUUCAAGAGGCUUGUGUUGCGGCUGAAGCCACCACCAGAUGAAAAAAGCGAAAGGAAGAAUUAAUACCAAGUGUAGACAUUGUGAAUACUACAGAUUAAGUUCUUGUAUAGCAAGCGUGUUACUUUCCUUAACCAUUGUUGUACGUUCUAUCUCCUGCUUCUCUAUCUUCAGCAUUUCCAUUUUUAAUAAUACCUUGGGAAAGGAAAAAAUGAGUUAAAUUGAAACAUGUUUACAGCCUUGUAAUAUUGAGAGUUGUAUUUCUUCC